AUGCCGAGUGCUGUUUUACCGCCGCGUACGCUGUAUGACAAGAUUUGGGAUGAUCACGUUGUACAUGCGCAAGAAGAUGGAACGACCUUGCUAUACAUUGAUAGACAUCUUGUACAUGAAGUAACGAGUCCUCAAGCGUUUGAAGGACUGCGAAAUGCGAGUCGCCCAGUUCGCAGGCCCGACUGCACGCUCGCAACAGUGGACCACAACGUCCCCACAUCCUCCCGAAAGAACAUGACCUCUGUGCAAGAGUUCAUCGCGGAACCCGACUCGCGUGCACAAUGCGUUGCACUCGAGGAAAACGUGCGCGAAUUUGGAUUAACCUACUUUGGAAUGAAGGACCGCAGACAGGGGAUCGUGCAUAUUAUCGGGCCGGAACAAGGGUUUACUCACACGGCGCAUUCGGAGCCAUCGCGUUUGGAAUCGCGUCAAUGGAACCCUCGCACCAGGUGUACGUCAAGACCCUUGGCACCGAGGCAAGGGCCAGAAUGGGACUGCGCAGAGGCGUACUGGCGAACACUCAAGACGGACGAGGAUGCCAAGUUUGACGUCGAGGUUUCCAUCCAGGCCGAGGACAUUGCGCCCACCGUGACACCCGAUCAAGCGCAAGGGCAUGGACGCGCUCUCGCGUACAUGGGACUCGAAGCGAAUACGAAGAUGGAGGACGUCAAGGUCGACAAGGUGUUCAUCGGGUCAUGCACCAACGGGCGGAUCGAGGACCUCAGGUCCGCUGCGGACGUCGUUUUGGCCGCUGGGCCUGGUGCUCAAGUCGCCCCGGGCGUAGUAGCGAUGAUUGUACCCGGUUCGGGAUUGGUCAAACAACAGGCCGAAGCCGAGGGACUCGACGCGGUAUUUACUCGGGCAGGGUUCGACUGGCGCGAGGCCGGUUGUUCCAUGUGUCUCGGAAUGAACCCGGACCAGCUCUCGCCGGGCGAACGCUGCGCGAGCACGAGCAAUCGGAAUUUCGAGGGCCGGCAGGGCGCUGGAGGAAGAACCCAUUUGGUCAGUCCGGCCAUGGCGGCUGCGGCGGCGAUGACUGGCCACUUGACCGACGUGCGGAAGCUCAUGGGUGGUGGUAAUGGUGCAAGUGUGGCUCCUGCCGCCGGGGUCAAGGUGACAAGUUCGAAAGAGUACCUGACAGACGACGUGCUCCCUCCCCCGAACCCGAUUGCACCGGUUGACGCGGCGAGCGGGGAUGUGCCUAAGACGGCCGCGCCCGUGAACCAGUUCACGGUCGUCAAGGCAGUUCUUGAAGACGCUCAAGCGCACGGGCUGGGCAAGGCACUGUUCCAUACGCUCCGAGUAGACCCCAAAACGGGCGACCCGACCGACUUUGUGCUUAACCGUGCGCCGUACGACAAGGCGAAGAUUUUGGUCGUCACUGGUGAGAACUUUGGGUGCGGUAGCAGUCGCGAGCACGCCCCUUGGAGUUUAAAGGACUUUGGGAUUCAGACGGUGAUCGCCGAGUUUUGCCGAGAUCUUCAAGACCAACUCGAUGCAAAACGGAUUGCUGCCCGUGUGCUCUCGCCCGAGGCGUGUCAAUUGUUGUAUAAUGAUGCGCAGGCGCAGCUGAGCUUGAGGUUGACUUGGAUAAGCUCGAGGUACGAAGACCCAACGGACAGGCGGCGAUUUCCUUUGAAGGCAAGUGGCGUGCAAAUCUCUAGACACUGUCUGCUCAACGGACUGGACGAUAUCGGAAUCACGCUGCAAAAGGGGGCGGCUAUCGAGGCGUUCGAGGAGCGUCGGUCGUCGACAUGGCCGUGGCUGGAUGGGUUCGGAUACGCCAAGGGUGGAGGCAGGGUGGAUGCACCGGCGGGUGCGAAUCGAGUUCUUUUCGAGGACCCCCUCGUUUCUUUGGUUCGUGAGGUAAUCGGCAAUGCGGCCCUUGCUGAACGACAGACGACGGACCAGUUGCUGGAGUAUUACUACGAGGAGCAGCCUGUUCCGCGCACGACACGGCCGAGCAAGCAAGACACCAUCAACCGCAGCUUGCACGUCGUCGAGCUCGACAUGGACACCCAUUCCCCCGACCUCGGACGUCGCUUCCAGCCCUCGCGCGUCGCCCUUGUUGCCCCCGACACCGCUGCCCGCACCUCGGACGACGCCAGACACCCUCCCCGGCCCGCCCGCACCGCUCCACCCCCACGACCACCCCGACUGUCCUCUCCGCCGCCCAAAAACAGCCCCUCGACGUCCUUUCGCUCCCUCGCCACAGCCACAGCCACCGAGACUGCACGCUCGCACCCGCCCCAUCGUCCGCGGCAACUCGGACUACUCGAUCGUGCUGUGUCCGACUCGAGCACCGAGCGCGUCACCCCACGCGAGGAACUUGCAGAGCCCAGCGGGUCCUCGCACCGACGAGAAGGUGCGUUCCCAGCGCACUCGGUGCUUGUCCCGCACUCGUCCCACUCGCGUAUCGACGGAUUGCCCGAUUCGGCUGCCAGCGAUGAGCGCGGAUACUUUAGUCCACUCGGCUCGCUCGACGAAGACGACCCAGAUGAAGGCAGCACACGGCCCACACGGAGCGGUACCAUUACCUCUCGCUCGACUCGCACACACACCACUACUCCUUCGGUCACCUCUGUCCAUACUCCCUCGUCAAACUCACACUAUACCCAGUCAUCCAAGUCACACUAUACCAACCCGUCUCGAGACGCGUCCGAGGAAAUGCUCGAUCUCAUCGCCACCGUUGGAUCCGCACUCUCAGACAUGAGUCUUGACCCCCCACCGCCAGACGAUGACAGACCCCCGUCAACAGCCAAAUCGCCGACCCACUCCCCCCAUCCGAGUCUCACCCACCACGAUCACACCAUCCGCGAAUUCCGACCUUCGCCCCGAACCAGUCUCGCCGACUUUUCACGUGCCCCCAGCGCACGGAACUCGCCUAAACCGAGCCUCUCCGAUCUCGCUCGUGCCUCGCCCAAACCAAGUGUCUCCGAGUUCCCGCGAGCUGGCUCCGAGCAUGCGACCGCCAGCGAUGCUACCAGGUCUCCAGAAGCACCGCUUGCGCGACUUGUCACCUGA